AUGACAUCCACUCCAAUUCGAUCCUCAUCAUUAGACCUCACUCAUCUACCCACUCCCCCAGACACUCACAAGAAACUCAACUCAGAGCCGCUGUUCAUCCCAGACAACGCCGACCCCGAACUGGAGCCUCUAGUGGCUGACGAGAGAGACCCUUCCCCUUGUCCCACUCGUGCCUCAGUCCAAUCUUACGAUUCCCUAAGAUCCGUCGAUACUCUCGAACGUCAAGGUAUCCCUCGUAUCGUGCACAGAGCUCACAAACCCCAAGUUCCAUGGGCGGACGACCUCGACAAUGAUUACGACUGGCAACACAUCCCGGACCAUGUACAAGAGGAAAUCGGACCGAUGGUGAAGCUUGAGGAAGCAAAACAUGUUGAUCCGAGGCAAGCUCGCCAACCUCCUAGGUUUUUACCUGUGCGAUUCAAGGUUGAUCAGACCGGAAGGUGGUAUAACGAAGGGAAGCUACACAUCACGGCGGAUCAUCAACAGCAUUAUACCAUCUCCGACUUCUCAAGACCCCUUCGUCUUUUGGCAAGGGACUGCACCGUCGAUUCCGACGAUUUAGUCGUUGUCUCCCCAACCCAUGCCCGUGGGUUGAAAGGAUUUGAACAAGCACCUCUUCAACCUACUAGACAAGGAGUGCAAGACAAAAUGGAGAAGGAAGAUGAGGGGAAUAGGCAAGAAAGGCAAGGAUCUGAUGGUUCUUCGUUGAGGGAGAUCUCCCCUGGACCAUGGCAUAAGGGUAGUCGGGCCAGGAUCACCUGCACGGCGUGCGGGUGUACUUGCAAGGUGGAAAUGAAGAAAGUGAAAGGGAGUGGAAGUACUACGCUUUCUAAUGCCGUGAGGGGUAACAUUCUUCAGAUCAUGCUCGGUAAGGAAUCCCUGUACAAUUGGCUUCGUCGCGACCAUCCCGAAGUACAAUCCUGGGCCGACAUCGCCGCAGGAGUGGACGCUCAGAGGGAAGAUUUUGAUCGAGUGAGACAUGCCGCAAGGUGGUUUAGAAACAAUUUGCCCAUCCUGGUGCGUCGAGAUAACAUGCCGAGGGACUACGGUGAAGAUCGAAGAGGUAUAUGA